AGCUUCCUUUCGUUGUUGACGUCACUAGUCAACAAACGAUGGCCGGCUAUCAUGUCGGACGAAGAGUCAAGAGGAAUUUGAGAUCCUAUUUAAUAGCUUUACCUUCAAUGGUUGAUAAAAGGCUCUUUUGUGCGUAUACAGCGUAUUUCAUAUGUCCAUUCCAUCAGAAAGCAAUCAGAAGGUCUUUGAGUAAUCAGAAGAAUAUUUUGUAUGAUUGCGGAACAUAUGAAGGUUCAAAUAAAAUGGCUGUUAAAUUUCAGCCAUCGAGGCGGCUGUUCCAAGUGCCAGGGAUACUAAAUUCAAGUAAACGAAAAGAAUACUCAAACAGGAAAUUAAUAGGAUUUUCAAUGGAAAAUUUGUACCAUGUUGUGUCACACGUUGAAGAUUAUAAAUAUUUCGUACCAUGGUGCAGGGACUCAACAGUCUUUGAAAGAGAAGGUGGACAUGUGAAGUGCAAAUUAGAAAUUGGCUUUCCCCCUCUUGUAGAACGGUACAUUUCAGUAUUAACACUAGUACCACCUAACUUAGUUGUGUCAGAGUGUACCCAAGGCGAGCUCUUUAAUUACAUGAAGACUGUUUGGAGAUUUAGUCCUGGUUUGAAAGGAGAUUCACAAACAGCAAUGAUUGAUUUGCAUGUCGCAUUUGAAUUUCGUUCUGUUUUACAUUCCCAUCUCUCGUCGGUGUUUUUUGAUGAAGUGGUUAAGAAAAUGGUCUAUGCGUUUGAGAAACGUUGUGAGAAACUCUAUGGACCAAGUAGUUUAACGAAAUCACGAGGAAAGCGUACGCUUAGGUCAAAAGCAGUAAAUACUAUAGAAGCUCCUCCGAGGUAACACGUGACAGUGACACAGUACUCCAGCUGACGAUCUGAUUUUCAUCUAUCCGCACACAUCCCGGAGAGAUCAAGAGAUGAACCUAGCUUAACUUCAAGGUCAUUUCACACCAAUAGCCUUAGGGUUUACGAUUAUAGUCUGGAUAUGGAGGUAUACUACUCAAUGGACGGGGACAGAAUAUAAGUAAUCAGAAGUUGGCAAAAUAAAUUACAGUAUUGGAUUAAUUGAAACAAUGCUAUGUAUUAUAGCAAUUAAAAUUAAAAUAAUUUUUAACUGAA